ACGCACCACGGCUGCAGAGCUGGCCGGCUCCACCACGCAGUUCCCCUUCCCACGGCACCAAGCGAUGCUGGCGGCGCUUCUGGCAGGGGGGAAAAGUCAGGUCUGACAGAGCCCCCCCCCCCAGUCCCACCUCGCAGCUCGGCUGAGCCAGGGCAGAGGAGCUUUCCCAAGAACUGAUCCCCCCUCCCAGACCCUGGGAGGCUUUUUUAGUGUUUCCGUUUUAAACAAAGGGAGGUUGAUCAAUUUCUGGGGUUGUUUGUAUGGGUUUGGUUUUGUUUGGUUUUUUUGGUAAUUUAUUUUUCUCAAAGCAAGUGAAAGGAGCGCCUGGAAAGCUCAGGCAGAAAGCUCAGCCUCCUAACAUCAGCUCCGCAGCACGCCGUUAACUGGGAUUAAGAAAGUCAACUAAUGCUUCACAGCACCAGGAUUUAACAGCACAGAGCCUCCCGAGGAGGAGAGCUGCGACCGCAAAUCCAGCAGGAUCUCAAAGCAGCAGCUGCCUCUCCCCGCAGAUGCCAUUUAUCCCUGGAUUUGUGUGCAUCGCACUUCUGGAUAGCAGCUGGAAAUCCAUCGUGCCUCGCCACCCCGGACAGUGAGCGCUGCCAGCCAAAGCCUUGGCUCCCCUCCGCCGGCCGCUGGCACGGGAGCCGGCUUAGCCAGAGCCUUUGCCCAUGGCACGGGGCUCCCAGCGGAUUCCCAGCGCUCCCAGCUCAUCCCAGCUGACCGGCAGAUGAUCCAGCACAUUUCCCCAAAGGAGGUGUGCUGGGGCAACGAGGGCCAGGACACGAGACUGACUGCGUUUGGUCUCCUGCUUUACGGCUACCGUGGAGGAAAUUUAAGCAAGAACAUGUAUAGUGAAUUGCUAAAUUCAACCAGUGCCACUGAAGCUCACCUAAUCAUUCAGACCAACACGCCCUACCUCAGCGGCACGCCGAGACCCGUGAGCUCCUCUGCUUUUUACAUGUCGACAGCCAGGGUUUUAAAAGAAGGGGAAAUAAAUAAGCCAGACCUGGCGACUUACAUCAUUCUGUUUUUCUUUCUGCUCUUGACUGUGACACUCAUCGUGCUCUUCAUAAACUGCCAGCUGAAAAAUUCUUUUUUUGCUAGUCUUCCUUACGACAGAUCGCUCCGAGAAGCGAGGAGCCCGUGGAGGACACAAGCUGUCUGACACUAGAACACAGCUGUGUAUUCCAGCAGUAGCAGGCACCAGGGACCCUGUGCAAUAAGGCGUUACUGCCAUGUGCCAGUGAAUGGAUGUGACCCUCUUUAGAGGAAUAGGCUGCAUGGCAGGAAAAGAUUGAUGAAAAAAAAACCUGUAUGCAAAACCAGAAUAGCUGUAAAUAAAAAGCUCUGUUGUGAACUAAAGAGAGAAUGCUUUAGCCAAUUUAUACAGUUUUGUGCAAAAAAUUGCCCCAUGAUUCCAGAUUAAGCUCUAUAUGUAUGCAAAUGCCAUCAUCCCCCCAUUCAGUGUCCAUACAAGGAUAUUUGCAUUAACAACAAUCUCUGAUUUGGGCAUCUGGUGGAGCUUGUUACCCAUGUUUAUGAAACCGUAGCAUCAAAUGUAAAAACCACAGUGUAUUUACCUAACGGCUCCAUGCUGAGGAUAUGAGUUUACUUUGCAGACCCAUUUCUCUCAACUGCUGCUGAAACUAUGUGGUAAUGCAGCGGGAGUCCUGCCAGGCAGGAGGAGAAAAUGAAAAAUGUUUAUUUAGACUUUUGAUUGUGAUUCUGUUCAGGGUGUUUUUGAUGUUUUACCGCAUCAUCGAUCAGGUUUAAAGUUACCAGUUACGCAAAACCCUAAAUACCUAAGGAAUUUGUUAUCAACUUUCUUAAGCUACAAAGGAAGUUAUUUGCCACAGCAUGAAACCAAAAUAAUCAGGAUGGGGAGAAGGAAGGAGAGAAAAUAAAUAUCAUUAAUAGUGUGUAAACUCAUGGAAGAGGAGAGCAGAGUGCUGCAAGUUCAGUACACAAAGUAGGCAACUUCUGGAAGCCAUAAAACACAGUUUUAUAGGAAUAGUUGCUUUAAUAUACAAUUAUCCCCACUCCUUGGUCUUUAUAUAAGUCUAACACAAUUAGAAGCAUGCUUUAUCAAUACGGCAACAGCUUGACAUAACACUGAUCACUGACAAAAGGCACCAUUUAAAAUUAGUAGCUACCCAAUUUUGUUCCUAAAGCUUCUGCUUAAUCUUGUUAGCUGACAUGAUAUUUUAUAGAUGCUUACUUCUAGUAAACUUGCAGUUACAGCACAAGUCCAGAUCGAACUGCACAGCCCCCAGAACAGUAUUUGUUAUUCCCACAAACAGCAGGCAACAGGCUUGUUUUGUUUUGUUUUGACCCCGGUAACUCUACAUAUAACUGAACUGCAGCUAUCCAGAAACACAGAGUCCUAAACCCUAUUUUUGCUCUGGCUUUUGCUCAUGGAUCAGCUAUCAGAAUGGUGUUCAAGUGGUGUCAGAUGCUGUGUCCCCAAACCCAUUCUUACCAUGCCGAGUACAGCAGAGGUGCUGUCUGUAUAUAUGUACAUAACUUAUUUAAUCCAAAUGAGGAGAUUUUUACAAUGCAAUUACACACACAAGCUAGGCUCGCACUCGAGCACACGGACAAACAUGUACAUACAGCAGCCUGUUCACAAGCUUUUUUUAUACAGAAAUUGCACAGUUGAUAACACUUCCAUGUCAUUGUCUUGGUUACCAUGUUUUAUUAUGCUCAAGUAAUUUAAACUACGCUAUAACAGGCUUAAAUAUUUUAUUCCUUGAUAGGUGGCCAAUUUUUAUCUCCUCUGA